AUGCGAAGCACUGUUGCUCGGGGGAUGAGUCGCGAGCCGCACCCAACGACAAGCGAUGAAUUGGAGGAUGGAGAGUUGAACGAAAGCCAGCAGCGGCGUCACUCGCUAGAAACCGAGGAUAAAUCGCCUAAGAAGCAUAAAAAGGAAAAGAAGGCCAAAAAGGAGAAGAAACAUAAGAAGGAGAAGAAGCACAAAAAGGAGCGCCAAAUUCCAGGACGCAACGACCAUGGCGAUGGUGUUAGUGCCUCGGAGGCUCUGGGGAAAGAUGAAUCGUUGAAGAAACCUUCCAGUUCGUCUAAGAACGAGAAUCACGGAGACGUCUCUCCCUCAUUCACAAUUACGAUCGGCGGGACGGGCAAGACUGAAAUUGGGCAAAAAGAAAAAGCUGUCGAAAAGCCUCCAACCAUUGAUGCAGAAAAGCCGACAAAGCAACACGAAGCCAUGAAGCCGGCUCACGACGGCGGUGACAAGGAUCCGGUGAGGCCCGAUUCUACUUCCAGAAGGGAUAGUGAUUCGAAGAACAAGAAUCCGGACAAACAGGAAAAUAAACGACUUCAUCCAAGUACCGAGAGGAGCCGCCGGCCUGAAAGCAGAAACGAGAAGCCUGGCAAUGCGGGCAACCCGGAUCUUACGAGGGCUUGUUUCGCGACCCUUCGCAGUUUUCCGUUUCGAAGGGCGUGCGCGGUUAGCCGGACCGUUCACGGACAGACUCAAAAUCGCCGACGCGUCGUAGGAGUCGAAGCGUGGAACGGCGUCGAUCGCGGGAUCGUUCGCGAGACCGCACGAGGGCAGUUGAGCGGAAACGAGGUCCAGAACGCCGUCGGUCUCCUGAUCGUUCACGUCAACGACGGUCGCGUUCCGGAGGUCGUCGUCCUUCGCCUAAUCCCCGUCACCGAAGUGUCGAACGCAGACGGCGAAGCAGAUCUCGCGAUCAAGCAGGGCAUCGAAGCAGUAAUAGACACCAUGACAAAAAUCGUCGAAUGGAACCUUUCUGACGAGUCGGAGGAUGAAGCUAGAAAAAUUGAAGAGUUGCGCAAGAAAAGACAGAAAUUGAUUGAGCAAGUGUCGGAUAAGAAGAUGUCGAUUUACGAGCAAGCGGACCUUAUGAAGAAUUCGGCUUCGACCGCUUCCAGAGAUGUGACUACCUCAAUUGACGCGAUGAAGCUGCGAGAAAAUUCCGCAAACGUGCGCUCUGAGGCACCGAAAAGUGAUGAUGACGACGAUGAUGAAGAAGACGAACGCGCCCGUCUACUCCGAGAAGCAAAGGCGCUAAUCGGGGAAUCUGGGCGCAGCACUUCACAAGAUGGCUCCCGCGCCAGCAGCAUGUCACCACGCCAAGAUAGUGAGGGAGGGACGAGCACUCCCAACGAUUUCUUCCAAAAUCUCAAAGAGAAGAUGGUCCACCUGAGGGGACGUGAUGCUACCUCGAUUGACGAUGACCUCCAACGGGCACGAAUGGAGGAGCUGGAGGAAGAGAAGCGUCUGCAGAUUGAUAGCGCGGAGGAGAAGCGCAAAAAGUUGCUGAAAGAGGCGGAAGAGCGCAAGAAGAAGAAAGAGGAAAACAGCUUCGACAUGUUCGCUGAUGACGCCGCGAUCCCGUUGGACAAUGUCGGUGCGGCAAUCAUCACAUCUCACGGCGAUCCAAAAAAUAAUGCGCUCAAGGAUAAUUGGGACGACACUGAUGGCUAUUACCGCGUACGAAUUGGCGAAGUGAUGAAUGGGUGCUAUCGGGUUUUCGGCUACACCGGUGCCGGCGUUUUCGGCAACGUCGUUCGUUGUAGCGAUAUAAGCAAGGCCAAUGCAACGGUGGCCGUCAAAAUCAUCCGCAACAAUGAAAUCAUGCGCAAAACCGGGCUGCGGGAACUUUCGGUGCUCCGCCGACUCAAUGAAGCCGAUAAAAGCGACCGAUAUCAUGUUCUGCGGCUACAUUGCACGUUCGAACACCACAACCACUUGUGUCUGGUUUUCGAGAACCUCAGUAUGAACCUCCGUGAGUUACUGAAGAAAUACGGGAACAAUGUGGGACUACACAUGAAGGCCGUUCGCAGCUACGCAUAUCAGUUAAUCACGGCGCUGAGGUUGCUAAAGAAAUGCGAAAUCAUUCAUGCCGAUAUCAAGCCGGAUAACAUUUUGGUGAACGAGUCAAAAUUGGUGUUGAAGCUGUGCGAUUUCGGAUCAUCGGGCCAAAUUAACGAGCAAGAAAUAGCCCCCUACCUGGUUUCACGUUUUUAUCGCGCGCCGGAGAUCAUGCUCGGCAUUCAACACGACUACGGCAUUGACUUGUGGUCGAUUGCCGUCACUCUCUUCGAAGUCUACACCGGCCGUAUCAUGUUUCCCGGACGCUCUAAUAACCAUAUGUUAAAGUUAUUCACCGAGAUCAAGGGGAAGUAUCCGAAUCGCAUCGUGCGACGCGCUCAAUUCCGGGACCAACACUUCGAUGGCAAUUUCAAUUUCCUGUUCCAUGAAGUGGACAAAGUGACGCAACGCGAUAAGAUCAGCGUUCUGAGUAAUAUCAAGGUGACGCGAAACCUUGAGAGCGAACUCGUGGGUGAACAGGAGCUAGAUCCAAUUCAACUCCAGCAGGUGCAACAGUUCAAGAACUUCCUGGAAGGGAUGCUGAUCCUCGACCCUGCCAAGCGGAUCACUUGCAACGAUGCCAACAACCAUCCAUUCAUCGUGAACAAAUCGGCC